AUGUCGACCCGGAAAGUGCGAUACAAGAAACUUAACAUCAAAACCCCUCUACCCGUACUUCGGGAAGACCAAAUCGACCCCAACGAAUAUGAAUCUCUCACAACCGAAUCACAAAUCGCAACUGGUGUCGAACAAGCGGAGGAAAAUGAAUACCAUCUGCAGGCUGCCCUUAGAGGGGUUGGUGCAAGCACGGAUAAUGAAAUUCCAGUGCCGCCGCCGCAGAAGAGCGAGGCGGACUAUAAUGAGCUGUAUCCCACACCAUAUGUAGAGCCCAGAAAUUACAUAAAGUUCUCCGAAACUGUUGAAGAGACGCUCGGCUGUCUCUAUGAUAUGACCACAGAGGAUGAGGAAUACCUCAAGUCCUACAAUGCUAAGUGGACAGGAAAUACUCAGCUCUCGGAGGAUGAUUUCGAGCGGAUAAUGGAAGUAUUCGAAGAUACCGCCGCAGAGCAAGCUCCCUUUGCUGCAGUUGACAAUACAGUAGUGCCCUUUGACGUUAUGGCCCAGGCUAUGAACCACAUAGUCCCCGUCAAGCUCGUUCAAGCGCAUGCUAAGAAUGUCUACGAGUACUGGAAGACUCGACGGCAGGUGAGCGGUAGCAGGAGCUUGAACCCCUCGCUCAAGUUCGAAACUCAUCAAGAGCAUGAUGAUAUGGACCCUUACGUCUGCUUCCGAAGGCGUGAAGUUCGACAGACGAGAAAGACGAGGGCGCGCGACGCGCAGGUGAGCGACAAAUUAAAAAAGUUGCGUAAGGAACUGGAAGAUGCACGUCAGAUUGUGGUCUUCUCAUACCAGCGAGAGAUAUUCAAGCGGGAGCUUUUGCGCAGCGAUAGAUCUAUCUUCGAACAGCGAAAUGGCCUCAAGGAGAGUAAGAACCGCCUCGGCAUUAAAGGUGAUGACGAAGACUUCUAUAACGCUAGACCGCAGAAACGGCCUAGGACGGAGGCGCAACAACCAGCGCGCGCUGGUCCUCAUGGCCAGCUCCGUCUUAUCGUCCGCCCUGACGGAGGACGAACUGUGGAACCCGCCGAUCUUGCUGUCUUGGCUGAUAAACUCGCUGAAAAGGAGAAUGAAUUGCGUAACGAUGUCGAGAUAAAGAUCCAGAACCAUAGAAGAUGGAACAACAACUAUGUGGAUCUAACUGCUGACCCGUUACCUCCCGUCCAGGAGGAGAAUGAGCUAAGCUUUAGGCCCGCAAAGACCACCUAUUUGAUGACUCCGCCGGCAUCUGCAUCAGAUUCCAUGGAGCCGGAAGAGGAAAACCAAUUAGAUUCACUUCAGUCUUUCCAGCAAAUCAGUUCCAAUAGUAUCAACCUAGGUGGUGCAGAGCCCGAAGAGAUGUGUUCGUACCGUCGUCGUAUAGGGCGAUUAAAUCGCUUGUUUAUCGACCGUCGACCUCCCAAACUUAAUGGGCACAAGACUCCUCCGCGUGAGAUGGACUUUAUCCAGAGUGACCGUUGGAAAUAUGACCAGGAUGAUGAUGACGAUGACCAACCGGUGUAUGAAGUGGACCCCAACAGCUCUCGUCAGAUGAAAUUCCGGUCGACGAUACCGCCCUCGCCCUUUUUAUUUAAGAGACAGGGAGUCGAUGCUGCUACUCUCCAGGCAGGUAGCGUAAGUCGUCAGGCCCUGCCGCAACCCCAAGCACCAACGGCCCAGCCUCAGUCACAACGACCACCUCAGACAUGA